AGAAGGAUGUUGCUCAAGGUAGUGAUCUUGGGUGACUCGGGCGUAGGCAAGGUAAUUCUCCACCAGUAGCAAACCAAAACGCAAGAAAUGUCUUUUAGACUGCUUUAUUGAAUCAGUUUGUCAAUAAUCGAUUCUCGACGUCCUACAAGGCAACAAUCGGAGCUGAUUUUCUGACUAAAGAGGCAUUUUGCGGUGCAAAUGCAAGAUCAGUUGCUGUAAAGCAUUCUUCAGGUCGCGAUCGAUGAAACCUUGGUAACCUUGCAGAUAUGGGAUACCGCAGGUAUCACAAAGCAUAAAACAACGUACACGUGAUGAAUGACUAUUAUAUAGGUCAGGAACGCUUCCAGUCUUUAGGGGUAGGGUUCUACCGUGGUGCAGAUGUCUGCAUUCUGGUGUAUGACAUCACGCAACCCAAGUCUUUUGAAAAUCUUGAUACGUGGCGCAUUGAAUUCCUAACUCAAGCAUCGCCCUCUGAUACCCAAAACUUCCCGUUCGUAGUCAUUGCCAACAAGCUUGAUCGAGAGAAUGAUCGUCGUGUCGCAACACAAAGAGCACAAACUUGGUGCGCUAAAAAUUCAACAUCAAUAUUGCCAUUUUUUGAGACUUCGGCGAAAGCAGCUACGGAGGUCGAAGCUGCCUUUCGAAAGGCAGCUCAGCUAGCUUUAUCUCAAGGAACUAUGCAGGCUGAUUUCAUUCCAGAGACCAUCAGCUUCAGAGGUUCUCCUGCAAAUGGGGAUUCCAAGAGCAGCUGCUGCUAGACCCAGCAAAGCUUGUGUUGCCCGAAAUGGACAAGGGAAGUGUCCAUGUAGGGUUGGUAUCUUGCAUAUUGCACCCAGAAUCGAUUUCUUACUAUACUUUAUAUUGAGCGUUGUGGUGGCGAGUUCACUGUCCGAACGAGAAUCACUAAUUCGCGUGGUCUCCCAGGAUGUCAUCAAGGGACUCGUUCAUGUGGGUCAACAUCAAGAUGCAUCUGAUGGUGCUUCCAAAUUGCGUCUAUCAAGGACGACGCCAUGGUCUGCAAGUUGAGUCUCACUCUCCAUUGCGCCAUUGCUUUGUAUUUUCUUUGUCCCAUUGUGUUUUAAUCAAAGUCGCAGACCAUGACGUGCCAGUGUUAGAACAGAUACAAAAAGGAGCAAACACGAGGGGGGGGGGGGCAACCGGACGCCUUUUAGCCCUUGAUGUUUACAGAUCCUGUCCGGGCGAAGAAGGAGUGGUUUUGUCACUUCAACUGGUCAUCCGACCUGCCUCGUAACCAAAAAGCCCCCCCGAAAUUACCGAAAAUGCGCAAAAUCAUUUACGGGAUUCGGACGCCCUUCUAAGGCUUCUUCCCAAGUCCCUAGACCGUGACCUCCUUGUAUCAUUUGGAAUAUAGUAAGCAGGGCCCGGGCAAUAUGCCAGUGUGUAGUUGAACACUAACAAGCCGGUAGUCAUCCCACGCCAUACUAGUGCUAUAGUACACCCAAUUCGCAUCAUCGCAUGGUAUCUUCCAUCUUACACUUGCAACUUGAACACAUUGCAUGUCACAGUCACGACUUAUCUCUCAUUACCUUCGUCCGACUCUGAGUCAGAGGGGGAAACCAGACUCUGGGUAAGUCUUAAUCGACCCAAAAGUGCCAGCUUCUUUGCGCAUUGGCAUAAAAUAAAGCCUCCCGACGGAGGUCGGUAGGGCCUCCCUGGGAAGGCAGCGGUCUGUACAGAGGACCGGAGGACGAUUAAAGCGCGAGCGAGGGCUCUUAAUUCGUCACAAGCUCGUUUUCAUCCGGCCUUGCGGUAGUAUAUGUGCCGACCGUGCGGCCGACGCCAACCCUCGGGGCAGCCAGUGUCAAUCUAGCCCCCCAGGGCCGUGCCUUUUUCUUGAAGAGAAUAGCGAAAUGGCGGCCAUAGUCACCAGGUUAGUUACCGCCCCAGGGCGAACCGACGUCCCCGUGCGAGCCCCUGACCUCAUCCGGCUCUUACAAGGUUCGCACGAGCCCCGGGUCGAAUCAGGCUGCUUGGGCGCUGGUCCCGGGCUUCGCGCAGCCUAUCUGCCCGAUCAAAAGUCCAGAUGAUAAGUUCGAGUCCCUACAUGCCCACAAUACGACGCUAACCCGCCUCGGACAUGGGCCCCGGGCUAGAGCCCCGGGCCAAAAAUGUAGCAGUGCCCGACCCCCAAGUCCGAUAAGCCAGCUAGGGGCCGCUGCUCAAAUAACGCAUGAUGCCCUUUGCAAUUAUGAUGGCAAAGUGGCACUGUCGUUGGAGCUCAGCGCUGGAUGAGAGAGAGAGGGAAACUACUGCCUAGUACUCCAGCCUGAAAGCAUUAGGACUUACUCUCCUUUGAUCGCUUGGCACUUGCUUCUACUUGCCUUUACAUGUUUGGCUUUAGAUC